AAUAGAGUUGUAAACAAAACCUACUCAUCUUAAUCACUUAUCAUAGCUAGGUUUGAAAAAAAAGUAGAUGGCAGGUAACAUAGCAAGAAAAUGGAGAGACCUCAGUGGCAGAAGCAACUGGAAAGGUCUGCUAGAUCCUCUAGACAUUGAUCUUCGCCCUUACAUAAUACACUACGGACAACUUGCUCAAGCUACAUAUGAUGCUUUCAACUCAGAAAAAACAUCAAAGUAUGCCGGCAACAGCCGAUACCCUAAGAAAGAUUUCUUUUCCAAAGUAGGUUUGGAAAACGGAAACCCUUUCAGAUACGACGUGAAGAAGUUCCUCUACGCAACUUCCAAAGCCAGCGACGCAGAAGCGUUUCUGCUCAAGUCCUUUUCGAAGGACUCGUGGAGCAAGCAAUCGAACUGGAUAGGGUAUGUUGCUGUGGCCACUGAUGCAGGGAAAGAAGCGUUGGGGAGGAGGGACAUAGUGGUUGCUUGGAGAGGAACCAUUCAGGCUGCGGAAUGGGUUAAGGAUUUUCAUUUCCAUUUGGAUCUUGCGCCUGAGAUUUUUGGUGGUGAUUCUUCUGCUCAAGUGCACCAUGGUUUUUAUUCACUUUACACCUCGAGUAACCCGGGUUCGAAAUUCACUGAUACCAGUGCUAGAAAUCAGGUCCUUGGCGAGGUUGGAAGACUCGUGGAGGAAUACACUAGCAAGAAUGAAGAAAUUAGCAUAAGUGUAACAGGGCACAGCUUAGGUGCUGCAUUAGCAACCCUAAAUGCAGUGGACAUAGCUGCUCAAGGCUUGAACAUACCAAAAAACCAACCACAGAAAGCAUUUCCAGUCACAGCAUUUGCAUACGCUUGCCCUCGUGUUGGAGACUCCAGCUUCGAAGAAACCUUCAAUGGAUACAAAGAUUUGCGCUCAUUGCGAAUUCGUAACGUAACAGAUAUUGUCCCAAUUACUCCUUUUCUGGGCUUUUCGGAUGUUGGAGAGGAACUGGUGAUCGACACAAGAAAAUCAAAGUACUUGAAGAGCGGUGUCAGUGCGCAUAACUUGGAGGCUUACUUGCAUGGAGUUGCUGGAACACAAGGGGAGAAGGGAGGGUUCAAUUUGGAGGUGAAUCGUGACAUUGCACUUGUGAACAAGAGCAUGGAUGCUUUGAAAGAUGAGUAUCUUGUUCCCGUGGCGUGGAGGGUUCAGGAGAACAAGGGUAUGGUUCAACAAUCAGAUGGUAGUUGGAAGAUUGUGGAUCAAGUUCACGACGAUAUGGAGUCUAUACACUCCAACUUAUAAGUUGUUUUCAUGAACCAUGUUAAGGAUUGUUUUGUUUUGUUUAUGUUCUGUGCUAAUAACCUAUUUGCUACUUGUUACUUUAAUAUGCAUACGCCCAAACAUAUGUUUAUGUUCGUAAAGGGUGAUGUGAUGUGAUAUAAAAGUUUCAAUGAAACAUGUAUUGUUUUGUAUAUUUCA